AUGAGUGGAAGGCUGCUAUCGUCGCGCUAUGCGACCUUUGCCCGACAUAGCUCUCCCUUGACCCUUCGCUCGCCAUACCACACAGCCCACCAACGGGCAGGAGGUCUAAUCACACGCAAUAGCAUCCCGCGGAGUCGACCGAUAUCAUCUGGACCAAACACUGCAGUAGUACGCCAUGCUUCGUUCGCUCGCGCCAUACCGAAACUUGCCUUCAAGUUGAUCCGACUGCCUGCUCUCCUGGGCGCGACGGCGGUGGGAAGCCUUGCCUACAUACAAUAUCAGGCAGCUCAAGCUGGUAACUACGCCAUCGAUUUGUUUGGCAGAGCAUCCGACGCAACGACUACUGGAGCGCGUUCCAUCUUCGAGGGCGCAGGCAGCAUUUUUGCUCAAACAAAGGCUGGCUGGGAGAAGACCAAGAAGGACCUGCAAGAGCUGCUACCACAACAAAACUCAUCUGGACCUGGAGGGGACGGUGGACCCGGAGGAAAUGGACCAAGUCCGAAAGAGGCGCGCGUAGGAGGAGCGGCAGCAGGUGGCGCAACAGCCGCCGCCUUUGCUUUGAAUGAUGACGAACAAGACGACAGAACAGAAGAAGCAGCAGCUCGUGACGACCAGAUGAUGCUCCUCACGCGCAAGAUGAUCGAGAUCAGAAGUCUGCUCCAGACUGUCGGCCAGUCCGAGACCCUCACAUUACCCUCGAUUGUCGUAGUCGGCUCCCAAUCAUCAGGAAAGAGCUCGGUGCUGGAAGCCAUCGUUGGUCACGAGUUCCUACCCAAAGGCUCAAAUAUGGUCACACGUCGCCCGAUCGAGCUUACUCUGGUCAACACUCCUGGUGCACAUGCUGAAUACGGCGAAUUUCCUGCUCUUGGCUUGGGAAAGGUUACCGACUUUGCUCAGAUUCAGAGGACGCUUACCGACUUGAACUUGGCCGUGCCCGAGUCAGAGUGUGUUUCCGACGACCCAAUUCAACUCCGCAUAUACUCGCCAAACGUGCCCGACCUAUCUUUGAUCGACUUGCCAGGUUAUAUCCAAGUCACGGGCUUCGACCAGCCAACUCAACUUAAGGAGAAGAUUGCUGCUCUGUGUGACAAGUACAUUCAAGCACCUAAUGUGAUCCUGGCCAUCUCUGCUGCAGAUGUAGAUUUGGCCAACUCUACCGCCCUUCGAGCCAGUCGUCGAGUCGACCCUCGAGGUGAGCGCACGAUCGGAGUCAUUACAAAGAUGGAUCUGGUCGACGCUCAUAGAGGUCACGCUAUGCUGACAGAUAAGAACUACCCACUACGCCUUGGCUACGUCGGUGUUGUCUGCCGUGUUCCUCAGGCAUCGAAUUCUCUCUUCUCUCGUGGCAAUGCAAAUAUCACGUCGGCUAUCACCCGCAACGAGAAAGCCUACUUCUCCUCCCACCCCGAAAGCUUCGGACCCACAAGCGAAGUAACAGUCGGCACUACCAACCUCCGCAAGAAACUUAUGCAUGUCUUAGAAUCGACCAUGUCGGCAUCCCUCGCUACUACUGCAGAGGCCAUCCACCACGAACUCACCGAAGCCACCUACGAGUUCAAGGUACAAUACAACGAGCGUCCCUUGUCAGCCGAAUCAUAUUUGGCCGAAAGUCUUGAUGCUUUCAAGCACUCCUUCAAAGGUUUCUCCGACUCAUUCGGUCGUCACCAGCUGCGUGACAUCCUGAAGCACGAGCUCGACCAGCAAGUCCUCAAUCUGCUUGCUUCACGCUACUGGAACAGACCUCUCGAAGACCUUUCCGCUCAAGAAGGCGAAGGCUUUGUCGAAAGUCUUUCUGCUCUGCCUAAAGCAGACCCUAACGAGCAACUCUGGCGCCUAAAGCUUGACGCAUGUUCCGCUUCCCUCACAAAGCUUGGCAUCGGACGUCUAGCCACAACGGUUGCUGCCGAAUGUCUACAAGCACAUGUUGAACGCCUCAUCUCUUCUUCCACUUUCAACGCACAUCCCUUCGCUCAAACAGCGAUCACACAAGCUGCUCAAGGCAUCCUGCACGACCUAGCCUACGAUACCAGCGAUGAGCUAGAAAUCUGUGUCAAGCCUUACAAACACCGCAUUGAUCUUGAGGAUUCCGAAUGGACUCGUGGACGCGAGAAUGUUCAGCGAGCUCUGAAGGACGAGCUUAGAGACUGCGAAGAUGCCGUCAAGACGGUCGAAGCAGAGAUGGGAGGCAAGAAGCGCUUCAAGGAUGUUGUGACUUUCAUUGACAAGGUCAGAAAGGGAGACAUUAACUUGGAAGGCAACAGCAGUGGAGGCGCUGGCGGCUUCUCGGCUGCUCUACUCGCAAAGGGAAGAGAGGCAGUCUUCCUUCGUGACCGCGCCGACAUCCUGCGCAUGCGUCUAUUAGCGGUCAAAAGCAAGACUUGCGCCAACAAGACCAACAAAUACAUAUGUCCAGAAGUCUUCCUCGACGCAGUGGCAGAUAAGCUUACCACAACCGCGGAUUUGUUUAUAGAUGCUGAACUGCUCAGCAAGUUCUACUAUCAAUUCCCCCGCGCCCUAGACUCAAAAUUCCGUUCACUUAGUCCUCAACAACUCGAUCAAUUCGCUCGCGAAGAUCCCAAAAUCCGCCGUCACCUUGAUGUCGUGCAUCGAAAAGAACUUCUGGAACACGUACUCAAGGAGAUGGAAGCUCUCAAAGCAUUGGAAGCCAGAGAAAAGAGAGCAGGUAGGGGAAGUAGAGAACCCAACCGUCGCCUCAGCGAACUCGAUCGUGGAGGUGAUGAUAGCAGCGAUAGAAGGAAGAGAGGCUGGGGGUUGUUCUAG